AUGACUAAUUUUGAACCUACAUACUUCGAAGAAUUGGAUAUUUCAAAAGAAAACUAUGAAGAUUUUACCGUCAAUUCAUCUUAUUUGGAAGAAUUAAAUUUAGAAGAAAACUAUGAAGAAGACUUUACUAUUAAUUUGUCUUACUUGAAACAAUUGGAUCUAGAAGAAAACUAUAAAGAGGAGUUUACUAUUAGUCCAAUAGUUCUUGAAAGUGCACAAGCCUUAUUACAUGAUGAUGAAAGUGAAAACUCUAAUUUGGAUAAGAUUGAGUCUGAUUCUUAUAAUGAACUUCUUUUAGGAUUAGAUGAUGAAAGAAAUAUAGAAAUUAAAAAAAAGGCCUCACCAAUGGGAGAAAAGCCAGGACAAGAAAUUUUAUAUUCAUGUUCUGAAGUCAAAAAUAAUAAAAAUCAAUUAGAAAAUCCAAGCUCAUAUAAAGACUACUUUGAAGCAUUGCCUACUGCUAUUCAUAACUUUUUCUAA